UAAAGAUGUAUCCCCUCAAUCUCUGAAAGCAAGCGUACCAUGCACCUUCUCUACCACUCUGUGUGUGUUGUCACUUUCAGGGAGUUAUGGACUUGGAUCCCAAGAUCCUUCUGGUCAUCAAUGCUGUUAAGUCAUCCAAUUAAUUGUAUAUUUCCCUCUUACAUUUGACCUCCUAAAGUGCACUACCUCAGAUUUGCUCGGAUUAAACUCCAUCUGCCAUUUCUCUGCCCAUUUCUGUAGCUGAUUUAUAUCCUGCGAUUUAUAUACCUUGACAGCCUUCCCCAAACUUACUAACCAACCCGUCUACGUUUACGUCGAAGUCCUUAAUCAUAUAUUCAUUUUUCCUUUGUCUUCCUUUGUCUCGUUCUCCUCACUGGCCUCUGGCAGUUGUCUCCUGCACAUCAGUCCAUUCUAGAAUCCCUUCUGUUUUGUACAUACGCCUCCUCAACUGUCCUUCACUCUCUGGCCUCAGUAUGAAGGAGGGGAUAAAAACUCCCAGCAAGUGAUUCCCACCUGAUGGGGUUUAAGGGGGCCCUCUAGCUCCUCCAGGCCAUGGUGCAGGAUUCCCGUUGGGAGCAGGGAAUAGGAGGAGCCGGGAAGAACAGACUUGCAUCUGCGCUGUUGGGAAGAGAGGAAAGGACAAGAGCAGAGACGGCUUGGCUUGCCAUGGAUUGGGCAAGGCAGCCAGUUGUCUUCCACCUCAUACUGCUGUGCCGGCUGAUGCCGCUGCCCGCUGAGGAGAACAUCUCGGUGGAGGACGGGAGCCUCCACCGCCACCACUUGGGCCGGAGGAGUGUGCUGGACAUUGCCUUUGUCCUGUGGUGUUACCGCAACCGCUAUCAGUUCUCCAUCUACAACGUCAAUGGCUACGGCUGCUACUGCGGCAAGGGAGGCGAUGGCGUGCCGCUGGAUGACUUUGACACCUGCUGCUUCCACCACGACUGCUGCUAUGAGGCUGCGCUCCUCACCUCCUGCGGCAAGGGCACCAACAUCUACCUGAAGCCCAGCUACGCCGUGUGCGAGGUGGGCAGGGCUGAGUGCCCGGAGGGCUUGCAACCCUGCUCCAGCGACCUCUGCCUCUGCGACAAGCAGUUUGCCGAGUGCCUGGCCAUCGCCACAUACCAGGACCAGCACUCCAGCUAUCAGCAGAAGUUCUGCACGGAACCCAAACGCAAAUGUCCUGCCGAGGAGAAGAUUGAUGUGGAUCUGGACACCAAGAGAUAGGAUGGGGGGGGGUCCUCAGCACUGCCUCAUUCCACAGUGGAAGUUACAUUAUAUUAAUGUUAAAGCUACAAACUUUAUCCACGGCCUUGUUUGCCUCAAUUUUGCGUUAGUGGAGUAGACCUGCUGUGGAUGAGGGGAAGGGCUGGGUUUCUUGGGUGACCAAACCCCAAUUUUGUCCAUGCCCCACUCUAGCCCAAGGAGGGUGUCCUUAGGCAUGGCCUUGCCCACCAAAGACAACCAGAUCGGACGUUCAACCACGGCUUCAUCUAUCUUCCUCCACCACGCUUCCCCUCUUCAGUGGCCAAGGUUAUAGAGGAGGA